AUGAUAAAACCAAAGACAGUAUUUUCAGACGAUAUGUCUCUUUUUAUGGACAGUUCCAUCUACAAGAGGGUGGCAUUCAUUCUUUCCAUACUUGGUCUGGCAGUGGAAUUCUUGAGCUUUGUGUCCCCAUUCUGGGUUUCUAAGACUUAUAAGAACAGCACCGCGAUUAAUGUGGGUCUGUGGCUGACAUGUGUGAAUCUAGACUGUACUGGCAUCAUUAAUCGCCCAGCUUGGUUGACAGUGGCAGCCGUGUUUGAUCUUCUGUCUCUCUUGUUUGGAGUAACAUGUGUCGUCUGUCUUUCUCUCUUCAUCUUCAAACCACAGUUUCUCCCCAAAACAAGAAGAUGGCCACUCGUCGUCAUCAUCAUCUUCUCAUUCGUCCAAGCUUUAUUGCAGCAGAUUGCUUGUGGUGUUUUUCUUAAGGCAGUACACGAUUCCUCUCAGCCCACGGCUCUGUUACCAGAGAACGCUUUCGCUAGCCUCUCCUGGGCUGCGGCCUUCAGCGUCAUUGGAGUCAUCCUGUACUCAGUUGUCUGCAUCCUGUUGUUUACGGAUCUCGUCAGAAUAUGUUUUGCCGUUACGAAAUAUUGAACAUAUCCGUUCAAGGAAGGAAGCGGGUUUUCUUUGUGACACUGUAUUCACUUUUUUUUCGACAACCACUGAUAUCGUGCAUUUGAUACAGACAGGGCUCAAAUUUAACGUUUAUUUGAUU